ACACUUACACCAUUUCUGUCAUUCGGCCGGAUAUUCAGGGAUACUUAUUCUAUACGUUUAGAACGUAGAACUGGACCUUUCACUUAAGCUUGAUCAAGCAUGUCUGCGGUGUUACUCUUACUGAACUCUCUUGUUGGGAUUUCGAUGAGUUCAGACAGAUACAUCUACCUGGUCGGACGCUAUGGAAAGUAGCAACACCAAUUCAAGCAACACCAAGCUCGAUGACGUACAAGCUUCAUUCUUGUCCUCAGCUUGACUAUAAAGCCCAGGAAUCUCUUGUCCCGACUUCAGGUCUCUUUCUCUCCGACGUCCACUAUGUCAAGCAGUUCUCCUAGCAUGGCCCAUCCGACCUACUUCCAAUCCAUCUUUGCAUCCUUCUUUCUCAUAGCGCUCUCUACGCUCUUCAUACCAAUCACGUUACUUCUUACUCUUCUUGCCUUUCUAUAUUCCUCCCUCAAAGGCACUGCUCUCGAUGCUCAAAAACCUCCAGAGGGCAUCAUACGCAAGACCGUCCUCAUCACCGGCGCGCGCACUAACAAAGCACUCUGCCUCGCUCGUUCCUUCAAACGCGCCAAGUACAGAGUCAUCCUCGCCGAAGAAAAAGAAUCGGGUACACUAUGUUGCGCGCGAUUCUCUCGUGCCGCAGAUGCAUACUACGACCUCCCGAAAGUUCAAGGUGAAGCGGACAAUCAAGCAUAUAUCGAUGCUAUCAAGGCUCUAGUCAUUGCUGAAGACAUUGACGCAUGGAUUCCUUGCUCUGGUGGACGCACUACCACGCUCGACGCCGAAACUGCCCGUCAUAUUCAUGAAAUGCACUUGGGUGAUGGCCCGGGCAACUGCUGUGAUACCUUCAUCCAACACCCAGAUCUUGCUGCGACUUUACACUUUAAGGAUCAGCUGGGAUUCUUACUCAAUGAACUCGAAUGUCCCACUCCAGAGAGCAGACGCGUCACGUCCAUCGCCCAGGCUGCUGAUUUCUUACACGCUCCUCAUACGCUAGAUAGUGGCAAAAAGUAUCUUCUGAAAGGUGUUGCACUUCACGACCUCGGUCAGGACUUCACACUCCUCCCGCUCGCUACUCGCCAGGACACUCUCGCUCAUUUGAGGAAGAUGCCUAUUCCUAUCAGUCACGAGACGCCCUUUCUUUUGCAACGCUUCUUGAAAGGGAGGGAAUAUUGCACUCAUGUUGCUGCUCGUCAAGGCGAGAUCACGGCCUUUGUCGCGUGCCGAAGUAGCGACUUCCUCAUGCGGUAUGUGGAUAUCACCACUCUUGGGGAAGUGGAAAAAGAAUGUUCAGAUGAGAUUGAAGAUUGGGUGAAGGGAUUCCUGAAGAAAUGGAAGGAGAAACUGGAGGCCGAGAACCAGGGCGACAACCAAAAAGGACAGUGGGAGACGGAGCUCACAGGUCAUUUCAGCUUCGACUUCAUCAAGGAUGAUAUUGAGGGCAUCCUAUACCCUCUCGAAUGCAAUGUCCGCGCUAAUACAGCGGUCGUUCUGCUUUCCGAGACUCCGACUCUUGCAGACUCGUAUCUUUUGGGUCUUUCAGACAGGAACCGACAACCGCCGCUCUCUCGUCCACCUCCCAACGCACGUCCUCGUUCUUGGAUCACACAUGCGUUGCCGCUCUCACUAAUCCAGACGUUCCUACGCCUCCCUUUCAUUCGAUUCAUCUCUCCAUCUUUCUGGGUUCUCAUCCACCCAGGAUUGCUUCUUCUCCUUCCUUCUCCGAGUCCAAUACCUCCAAAGCAGCACCGCGCCACCAACGGCAAUGCAGCACCUUUGGAUCCUCCAAGGGACCCCGAUCCGACACUGUCACCCUCACCAACCGACAACCCAUUCAGUGCUCUUAUAAAAUUCCUGUUUGGAACUUUCCUAUCCGCGUCUUUUCUCGCCUCGGUCGAUGCCAGAUUUUCCCGCCGACCCUUCUUGAUCAGUAUUGAACAAGACCCGUAUUGGGAUUGGGACGACCCCGUGCCCUUUUUCGUGUUGGCGCAUGUGACGUGGGUUUGGAUGUUUAUGAGGUUGGCGUUGACGGGACGGGGUUGGAGUAGGGUCAACGUUAGUACUGGGGAGGUGUUUGAAUGCUGAAUGUUGAGAGUCAUGUGUUGGAGUUACUUUCGAGGUUAGGAUCGUAGAGCUGAAAGUUGAGACGAAUGGGCUGUCGCGCAUGGACGCUUGUUGACUCGCACUGUAUCCAUAGCAGUUUUGUAGCUGUUAUCCUUUUGCAAUCUGUAUUGUAUAGACCAGUAUAAUCUUAUGUUAUAUUGUGGC